GUUUCAUAAUUUUCUUACUUGACACUUCUCUUCCUCUCUCUCCAACCUCCCAACACCAUUGGCCGGAGCCACCGCUGCGAGCUCCGGCAAUGCUCUUUCCGGCGGCCAUUCUCCCGUGAAGCUACACCACUUCUGAGUCAUGGGAAUACCCUUUGAAGACCUCGUUGUGAUCCGGGAGGGGAAGAACCUCGAUGAACCCUCCGUCGUCACGGUCAAUUGCCCCGACAAAGCUGGCCUUGGCUGUGAUCUUUGCAGAAUCAUCCUCGAGUUCGGUCUUCGCGUUACCAGAGCUGAUGUUUCAACGGAUGGAAGAUGGUGUUACAUCGUGUAUUGGGUUGUUCCACAUCCUGCAUCUCUCAAAGUUGAUUGGGAAAGCUUGAAGACACGGUUACUUUCAGCGUGCCCUUCCUGUUUGUUUUCCUAUUACUUCAAUCAACAGUCUACCACUCCUUCACCGCCUCCAAUUUACGUUUUGAAGGUUUGGUGUAUUGAUCAGAAAGGAUUACUACAUGAUAUUAAUGAAAUCCUUUGCAACCUUCAACUUAUUAUUCAGAGAGUGAAAGCGAUGCCAACCCCAGAUGGAAGGGUCCUAGACUUGUUCUUUAUCACAGAUGGAAUGGAAUUGUUGCAUACAAAAAAGAGGCAAGACUACGUAUGUGAAUAUCUGAUGGAUGCUUUAGGAGAGAGGUGUAUCUCCAGUGAACUUCAGUUGGCCGGGCCUGAAUAUGGACAGAUUCAGGGGUUUUCUUCUCUUCCACCAGCGUUUAGUGAAGAAUUAUUUGGUUCUGAGUUAUUAGACAAGGUGUAUAUGCAUCCGCUCAGUAAAGAUAUGACAACAUUGAAAAAACCAACUGUUAUGGUGGACAAUUCAUUGAGCCCAGUUCAUACCUUGCUUCAGAUACAGUGUGUUGAUCAGAAGGGCUUGUGUUAUGACAUUAUGAGGAUUUCUAAGGACUCUGAUAUUAAGGUUGCUUAUGCUCGGUUCUCUUCUAGUGUGAAAGGCUUUCAAAACAUUGACUUAUUUGUCCAGCAAAAUGAUGGGAAAAAGAUCAUAGAUCCUGAACUCCAGAAAACUUUGUGUUCUUGCUUGAAAGAAGAGAUGCUCCAUCCAUUGCGGGUGAUUAUAGUGAAUCGUGGUCCAGAUACAGAGCUACUGGUUGCUAACCCUGUGGAGCUGUCUGGAAAGGGAAGGCCCCGUGUGUUCUAUGAUGUUACAUUGGCCUUAAAAGCAUUGGGAGUAUUCGUUUUCUCGGCUGAAGUUGUGAGGCAUUCAACACAAGAACGCCAGUGGGAAGUGUACAGGUUUUUGUUGGAUGAAAGCCAUGGAUUUCCAUUGACCAGCAGCAAAGCUAGAAGUCAGAUUGUGGACAAAGUUAGAAGAACAUUGAUGGGGUGGUAAAUGGUAAUCUGGUUCAGCUCCUAUCAGAUACAAAGCACUGUUUUGAGUGUUUGUGUGGUGUGCCUUUUGAUGCCUUCCACCAUCUCAACUUGACUUACCAGUUGAAUUUGGUUUAGAUAGUAGUUAUCCUAAAGGACAAUUAUAUAAUUUUGGCAUUGUAGAUUACCAUGUUUCUUUUCUCUGGUUUUAGUGAUAAAAUUUCUCUAUAUUGGUUUUCUGGACAA